UCAGCAUAAGAAGUGAUGCAGAGUAAGCGUGACGGUUAAAACUAAAGGUAAAAGACACUAGGAAACAUUAACAGCAUAUUAGUGCACAGAAGCAACGUAAGUAAGAAGGACGCAGACUAACUUCGAAACCAAAAUGCCCAUAGACCUGUACUACCUGCCUAUAUCAGCACCCUGUCGGUCGGUAAUGCUGACGGCCAAGGCAUUGGGUGUCGAACUCAACCUGAAGGUGCUCAACCUGCCGGCGGGAGAACAUCUGAAGCCCGAAUUCGUGGCCAUCAACCCCCAGCACUGCAUCCCUACCUUGGUCGACGGGAACCUGAAGCUGUGGGAGAGCCGCGCCAUCUGCACCUACCUGGUCAACAAAUACGCCAAGGACGACUCACUCUACCCGUCCGACCCGCUGACUCGUGCCCUCGUCGACCGCCUCCUCUACUUCGACAUGGGCACGCUCUACCACAGGUUCGGAGAGUAUGUGUACCCCGUGAUGUUCUUCGGGCAGGAGAAGCUCGAGCCGGCGAAGCUGGAGAAGCUGCACGAAGCCCUGGGCUGGCUCGACGGGUUCCUGGCCGGCCACGACUGGGCCGCCGGCAACAGCAUUACCGUCGCCGACUUCGUGCUGGUCGCCUCCGUGUCCUCCUUCGAGGUCUGCGGCAUCGACCUGAGCAAGCACAGGAACGUGACGACGUGGCUGGCGCGCUGCAAGGCCGGCCUUCGGGGCUACAAUGAGGCGAACGCCCCCGGCGUGAAAGACCUCGCCCAGAUGACGGAGGUGAAGCUGGCGGGCAAGUAGGGGCGGCGGCGACGGUGGGGGCUCCUCUGCUCGAAAAGGCUCUAUUACAUGCAAGACUUAAUCAGCCAAAUAGUUAGACGAGAGAGAGGGAGAGCGAGUGGAGAUUUUAGAAUGCAGAGGACCACUCGUAUAACAGAAAGAAAUGUAUCCUACGCAGUUACGCACUGAAAUGAUACGGAAUUGAAGAUUAGAGAAUGGGUGGCAGAAAUCACUAUAUCAAUAUAUAUUCUUUGUUAAACUUUGUCCAAAAAAAAUUACGUUACCUGAUCUUUUGGAAUCUAGCGCUCUCUUAGCCAAAAUAAAAGAAUGAUCGAUA